GACCUCUACGGUGGUCGCUACAUAGCUACGUCAGUACUACGCGCUACGGCUACGUAAUGUGGUGUUUUCUACUUUUGACUCUGUUCGUCACAGUCCAAGGACGCGCGGUAAACAUCAGUAACACAUGGGUGCUACCAGAGGAGGGCUUCCCCGUGUUCUACCGCUACUUCAGAGAUCGCAUCUCAUGGUACGAGGCUGAUGCGGUCUGCCAGUUCCAUCAUGCGAACCUCGUUACAGUUGAUACAACAGCACAGUACGACGCGGUGCGGGCGUAUCUCAAGGAACUGGACAUUUCUAGUGCUGUGUGGGUCGGCCUGAUCCGCAGCAAUCCAGACGGCGACUUUACUUGGACAGAUUAUCGCGGUUUAAGCGGUGAUGGCUACUGGAGCUCUGCACCGGAUGCCCGUUCUGCUCCACUAUGUGCCGCUGCUGACCCAGCUGCUGACUACCGCUGGGAAGCAAGGGCUUGUGGUGGCCCUUCUGUGGCCUCGUUCAUUUGCGAACUCCCAGUUCCACAAUGGGCACUUGGAAAUGAGGGUUGUAUGGUGAGAGCUUUGCCGGCUUUGACAGCCCUAUAUUUACCUGAAAGCGCAGCGGUACAGCUCACUGCGGAUUGCGGUCUAGCUGGCGUGAAACGCGUUCAAUGUACUGGAAACAUGAAACGUGAGGAUCUCCUAAGUGAGUUAUCAUGUACUGAAGAUGAACAAACAUCUACUUCUUCAGUUGUGACAUCAUCGACUAUGUCCUAUCAAACCUCAACCGAUUCCGCAUUUUCUGAUCAAGAAACUAAUAACGAAGCUAGUACAGAAGAAAGUAGUACAACUGAACAUGAAGAUGAUAUCAAUCAAUCUAGUACUAAGUUGUUCACUAAAACGUUUGUAAUUUCUAGCACUGUAGAUACAUGGACCCAGAAACAAGAAGUACCCAUCACUAAUUAUAGAGUUCCAUUAGAUAAAAGCAUCAACUUAGAUAUUAUAGAUAACAAUAAUCUAUUAAAUAAUGAUAUUCCAAAAUUAGCCAAUAAUGAUGAAUUCUUCACGAACGAGGAGACUGAGAAGUUAGAAGAUGAAAAGAACAUGCAACAUAAAAAACUACACGAUGAACUUGCACGUCUCGGUAACUUUGAAACAAUAUUUAGCCAACCCACUGAUCAUUUUGUACCGCCUUUAGUUAUGGCAAAAGCUAAAAUUAGUGACGAUAUGACAGCUUUGUCAAUUGAAGAAAAAUUAGCACAACAGUUUGCUGAACGACAAUUUAUAGGACAUGAUAACAUACAAAAUGAUAAUUUAGAUAUUAAAAACGACACCAAAGAAAUUUCUUCAACAGAAACUCUAGACAAAUUAUAUAUAACGGAAAAUCCAUUAACAAAUAUCAUGUCUUCCACUAGAGUUAAUGAUAAUGUAAGUAAUACAAAAAAUGUCUUACCAAAAAAAUAUAAUAAUAAAUACGACUAUACUAAAGGGAAAUCUUUAAAGAACCGAAUCCCUACUAAAUCUACAGAAUAUUCGUCACCAUCAUACAAAGAUAAGUCAGACGCAACGUACUCAACAAAUACACCGUUGAAAACAUUUGAACCAAAAUUUCAUUCUAAUAAUUACCGGGUACCGGAAGAAGAUUCAUCUCUUGAACUUACUGUAAUUAUAAAAGAACCUGAAUUGAAUGGUAAAAACAAAGAUAUACAAACGAAUUAUUCCAUUUUGGACAUUGGUGAAUUUGAAAAGAAAAAUUCGACGAAAAAUGAAACAGAACACAAAUUAGCGUACACUGUAACAACGGAUCAUCAAGUUAUAAUAAGUGAUGAAGUUAUCAAAAUUGAAAUAAUAAAUGAGAAAAAAAACAAUCAUUCUAAUAUAGAUAUCACGGUGUAUGAAAUUACAACCAAAGUUCCGACUUAUAAAGAUGACAUUGAAACUAACAAAAGUGAAAUUUUAAAACAGUCUAACCAACCUACAACGACACAGCCUAAUGACUUAACGUUUAACAAAACUUCUACUCUUUCCUCUGUAAAUGAUUUAAUUACCGCUUCUAUUCGUCCCACUGAACGGAAUUUAACUUCAUCUGAUAUAAUAUCCCAAUCUACUGAAGCGACCUUAAUAACUGUUACUAAUGAUUUAAGUACCGAUUUGGAUACGAACAAUUUGACGUUUGAUUUUAAGAACCAAAAUAUAUCUGAAGACAUAUUUAAGGCACUCAACAUUUCAACUAAUGAAAACGACGAUGGAGGCAAUGAUGCUGAAUUUAUUGAGCAUUUAGAAAAGAAUGACACAGAUGUAACAUCCGAGAUUGAUGAUUUUCAGUCACCGUUAUUAUCCGGCGCAAGUGAACCUUUACAUAAGCCCAACAGGUCUAGGCGACCGCAAACACAGAAUCGAGCAAAUAAAUUUAACCCAUUUCGAAUUUUAGGUUAGAAAUUUUACACAACAUUCCUGUAUUUUAACUGCCAUACAAGGAAAUUCUAAUAAUAAAAAAUAUAAAUGACUGAACCAAAGUAAAACAUCUACCUAGCAAGUAUUUCACUUUCACAAUAAUAUUGUGAUGGCACUGUGCACUUAGCUGAUUCUCAUAUUAUAUAAUCAGUGGUUUAUAGUAGAUUUAUCAUGAUUCAUUACAAUUUUUUCAAAGUAAAUUUGCACUGCAUGUUUCCAUACUAUACUUAAUAUAUUUUUAAUAUCACUGACAUUAUAAUAUCAUCAAUAUGUAUAAAAUAAAGUAGUCAAUUCAUAUGCUUCAAAAAAGCAUAGCUAUGUCAUCAUUAUAAAUGGAUUUCGAUACGUUGCGAUCGGAUUUUUAGAAAUUGCCCUUCAAAGCGAAGAUAAUCAAGAUUGAAAUAAUUUUAGUCUUUUAUCUAUUCUGAAACACAUAUCUUAUGAAACUUUAUGUUAAAUUUUUUAAAGCGAAGACAGAUAAUACUACGCCUGCAAUUUAUUUUCACAGAUUAAAAUCAU